AAAAUUGACACUCGUAAAAACAUCGUCAGAUCGUUUCAGCAAAAAUAAUUGUUUGUUAUUAUUUUGAAGUUCCUAAACAAUUUGUGCUGGGCGUAAAAGAUAAUUAUGUGAACGAACCCCUCAAAAGCCUAAGAAGAGGAUUUCCAUAUAACAUCAGCCGGUAACGGCAGACAUUGAAAGUUUAAGAGGACAAAAUAAUAACAUAAACAUGCUGUCCUCACUCAUAAAGGAGCACCAAGCGAAACAAGCUUCAAAGAGAGUUGUACAAGAGCAAAAACGUAAAGAAUGCAUAGCUGCAGCUAACGAUCUAACCCAAGCACUGGUUGACCAUCUUAAUGUGGGUGUUGCACAGGCAUAUCUAAAUCAGAAAAAGUUGGACGCGGAAGCUAAACUCUUACAUCAGGGCGCUAUCAACUUUGCUAAGCAGACUCAGCAGUGGCUUGCACUUGUUGAAAACUUCAGUAGUGCACUCAAGGAGAUAGGAGAUGUAGAAAACUGGGCAAGAAGUAUCGAGAAUGAUAUGAAAGUCAUUACUGAUACUUUGGAAAGAGCGUAUGAAAUGACACAAGAACAACCUAGCAAUAUUAAUACUACUAAUCAAUAAAGCCUAAUACAUGUAUAAAA